GAUUUGGUCGGUACGUUGCUCCUCUCGGACGAUCUAAGCAUCAUAAGAUACAAAUCGUAGAACUUUGUGUCUUCUUUUCUGGGCUGGCUGUGGUGACUGCAAUGGACCCAGAAACUCCCGGGAUGACCAACGAGGGAUUCUCCUCGCAAGGCUGCGACGAUUUCCUGGAGCUCCUGCCGAUUCUCCUCAACACCCACAACCAAAAGGAGGUGAUGCACAGCAUGGGGAUGCUGUCCGCGGCGGCAUCGUGCUCUCCCCAGGAUCACCACGGCAAUGCGGCUAGAAACGCUGCAGCACUCGCGGUGGCUACUCCGGACCAUCAAUCCAGCGAUAGAAAAGAGCAUGGCUCUUUGGACACUGUUGUUCAUCCCGGGGACGAGCUCUAUGGCAACCCAGUGUACAGUAGCGCGAGUUGUAACAGCUCCAAGACUCCAAAGGCUGGGAGGCUCAAGGCAAUGGUUCCUCCGGCCUUGGGCGGAGUUCUCUCCGCCCAAGAGGACCUCGGACCCAAGAGUGGCGAUGGCAAGAAAGCCACCGUGAAGCGCGAUGCUUGCGGCGACGAGGUGAAGAAGCAGCAGCAGCAAGGUCAAGCGAGCAAAGUUUGCUCCAAGGCCGCCGGGAGCGCGUCCAAGAACCUGGUGUCGGAGAGGAAACGACGCAAGAAGCUCAACGAGAGGCUCUACUCGCUGCGAGCAAUCGUCCCCAAGAUUAGCAAGAUGGACAAGGCGUCAAUCGUGGCCGACGCUAUUGAUUACGUGCAAGAGCUGCAGGGAAAGGUGCAAGAGCUUCAGGAGGAUGUGUCGAGCCUCGAGGCGGCGGAGAGGCGAGAAGUGGAGCUCGGGAGCGUCGUCGACGCCUGGAACGAGAUGAUCGUCAGUGACCACCGGGGUUGCAGCUAUUCCACCGACGUCGACCAGCACUACGCCAAGCUGCGCAACCAAGACUCCCGCAAAGCAGUCGAGCUCGAAGUUUCCAAGCUCGAGGAGCAAGUGUUCUACUUGAGAAUCAACUGCGGGAACUCGGACGGAGUUCUCAUCCAGCUCGCGAAGGCCUUCGAAUCCAUCGGGCUGGAGUUUAGCAGCGCAAGUCUCUCGUCCUUCCAAGGCAAGAUCAUCAACAGCUUCAUCGCGAAAAUGGAAGAAUGGAAGUCCUUGCACACCGACGAAGUAAAGAAGAUCCUCCUUGAGCUCGCUUCCAAGUAUGGAAUUUAUGGCUAAACAAGAUAUGGUCGUUGUGCACGAUCAAUGGCUAGACAAUCUCACUCUGUAAAAAGGUGUAUCGCAUCGUACAAAAUAAAGUUGUGACUAGCAACGGUUAAAAUGCAAA